UCAUACAAGCAGCAUUGCUGAGGCCAGUGGGCCUCUAGGACCCAGGAUCAUGUCCGUGGUUCUUCCCUUUCUGCUCUAUCUCAGGUUGUAUAUAAGACAGAGCACUCAGGCACAGGAGGGAAAUCUCCCCCGACCUAAUAUCACAGCUGAACCUGCAUCCAUGGUUCUAUCUAAGGAUUCUGUUACCAUCUUGUGCCAAGGAAUUCCAGAAGCUGAAGUAUGCAACAUAUCUAAAGUGGGAGGUCAUGAGCCCAUGGACAGUAUAUUACCACUGCCUAAGGAGACCUGCCCUUUGAGGAUCCCAGAGUUGACACCAGACUGGGCAGGGCAGUACCACUGUUCCUAUCAGAGUGGAGGCCAGUGGUCUCAGCCUAGUGACCCCCUGCAGCUGGUGAUGACCGGAGCUUAUGACCAACCCUCCCUCUCAAGCAUGACUGGCACUGUGGUGGCUUCAGGAGACAAUGUGCAGUUACAGUGUUUCUCCAAAAUCAGGUUUGAUGUAUUUAUUCUCAUCAAAGAAGAUGGAGUUCACAUUACCCAGAACCUAAGCUACUCCACACCUGAGCGCAAUGGACACCAGGCCAUCUUCCACAUGGACCCCACCUCCACACAGAUGGGGACCUAGAGAUGCUAUGGUGCCUUUUGCAAUGACCCCUAUGUGUGGUCUCACCCCAGUGACCAGUUACAGCUUGUGG